GAGAAGCGCGAGGCGAUGGCGUCGGAGCCGCACAGAAACCGUGAGGCGCUGGCAGAAGUGGAGUCCCAACUGCGCGACCGCGCAUCCCGCGUGGCUGCCAUGAAGAAAGCGGUGGACGCGCUGCGCGCCGAUGAGAAUGAGGCUGUUCGUGCCCGUAAUCCUUAUUUGGAAACGAACGAAGUGAGGUCGAUGCCUCUUCGACUCCUUGGGUUGGAAGACGAUCAUCGUGCAAAGUUGUUGAGACGACGUCGUCAGCGUUUGUUGACCUCUGAAGGUAGGACAUCAGUAGAGGAGGUUGACCUUCAGUUGAGGGAAAAUUGCCUUAAUUUGGCUCGAAAGGUUUGUUCUGAUGAAGAUGAACUCCGUAAGGAAUUUGGAGUUGCAGGAUAUCUGCAACCUAUGAGUGGAAGCUUUUUGUACGAACUUAAUGUUACCGAGGACGAUAGAGUGGCGUUGCUUGCGGAGAGAGCGGAACAACUUUUGCAAGCAGAUGGUGAAGACUGUCUGAAAGAUGUAACUGCUGUUCGAGCAGAUAUUCAAGCCAGGGUUAAUUGUCUUAUGGAAUGUUUUCUCUCUGCGGAACGGCAAUUUGCUGAAGAGUUGAGUGAAUUACGGGCUGAGUUUCCUAUGUGUUCUCGGGAUAUUAAUCCUGCUGUUCGAAGUGAUGAUUUGUUUCUUGUUCUUCAGCAAGCUAGAGAGGAAGCCCUGUCUAUUGAUUGUGUAAACGUCGACACAGUGUCCACAAUAGAGAAAGAACAAUUUGCCCGUUCUGUUGCACUGGUAAGUGAUGAACGAUGUGUUCUUACGGCACUAGAAAAAUACUGUAGAGCGGAGCGAGAGUUACGAAGGGCGCGAAUGUCUAGGAAGACAGGGCCGUACGUCGAGCAGUUAUCACAGGAAAAAGAUGUUACGCAGUACAAGCACCGCCUAUGGCGUUCUAGGUUGAAUCGCAGACGUGUGCCUGCAAUGUUGCUUUUUGGUGUUCUUGACGAUGAGGACGUAUCUACCGCGGAUGAAGAACUAUGUAUAUCUGCAAAGGGGGUCAAUACUCUCACUGCAGAAAACUCGUAUUACCUGUACUUACAGAACUGUAAAAAACAAAAGGAAUUGGAGAAGAGUGUACCCGCCGUUCGGUGCAUUAAUGAGAUGAUAAAGAUUCGUUUAAAACAACUAGUUUCGGAUGCAGCCCAAGCGCAGCGUGCUGAAAGACGUGUUAGCGAUUCCCUACACCAUAAAUAUCCGUUCAUUCGCACUUCCUUGGAAACUAUUUCACAGCUUCAUCUUAAUAUUGAGCAAGACGCUUUAUUUAUGCAGCUCAUUAAGGAAAGACAGAAACUACAGGAACCACCGAAAGAGUUACUUGAACGGUAUCCUUUUCUCUCAGCAACAAUAAAUGGUGUUCCCAUAACACAACUUGGACUUGAAGAAGAUCCGGUGUUUAUGAAACUUGCAGCAGAACGCGAAGACUUAAUAGGACCGUUGAGAAAAACAAUGCGUUUAGUAAAACUAAAGGAAGAGGAAAUACGUGAACACUGUAAUCUACUCAUAUCUAAGGCGGUUGAGGAAGAAGCGGAGUUGCACAGAAAAUGGCCGUACCUGGACCAUCUUCCCGUUGAUGUCCCACUGCGUGAACUGCACCUGGAGAGCUAUCCCGAGUUCACGGCGUUGCUGGCGAGGCACGCGGCAGUGUGCAGCGAACCUGAACGUGCCGGUGGUGCGGAGGCGAAACGGCUGGAGAAGGCGAUGCAUGAUCUUGCUGGCAAGAUAGCCGAGGAUGUGGCGGAGGCGCGCCAUCGAGGGCUUGUGGAGGCGGAGAACCUGCACGAGAAGUACCCGUUCAUUCCGGAGGAGCCGGCGCCAGGUGUUGCGCUUGUGGAGGUGGGUGUGCAUGAAGACCCCACGUUCUGCACACUGGCGAACGAGCUGGAGGACCUGCGGACCGAUCCGGUAAAGAACGCGGAGAGGAUAGCUGCUAUGGAGAAUGCGGUGUGCGCGCGUGCGCUGGAGCUUGCAGCCAUGAAACUGCACGCGACAGAGGAGGAGUGCCACAAGUACCCGUUCCUCUCGAAGCGUGUGGACGGCGUGUUGCUGAGCGAUCUGCACCUUGCGGAUGACACAGUGUUCCAGGAACUGGUGGAGAAGCGCGAGGCGAUGGCGUCGGAGCCGCACAGAAACCGUGAGGCGCUGGCAGAAGUGGAGUCCCAACUGCGCGACCGCGCAUCCCGCGUGGCUGCCAUGAAGAAAGCGGUGGACGCGCUGCGCGCCGAUGAGGACGAGGCUGUUCGUGCCCGUAAUCCUUAUUUGGAAACGAACGAGGUGAGGACAGUGCCGUUGCGCUUUCUAUCUUUCAUGGGUGAUGCUAAAUUUAGGGAGUACUACAGGAAAAGGGUAGUCGCAUUAUCUGGUGAGACAAUAGAUUGGGAGAUUGUUCGUAUAUAUGAUGAUCUUCUUCAGGAGCGAGUGCAUGAUAUUGCUUCGAAUGAACUAAUGAGGUGUGAGAAAGUUUGUAAUUCUUUUCAGCAACGUGGUUUGUCGGGUAAUGCUAUUGGUACCUUGUUGGGUUGCUUGUAUUGGAACUCGAAUGAGAUUGUGGAAGAAAUACUGCAGAGUAAUGCAUCUGGAAUUAAUCUUAAGAGUCAGGUAAAUCGACAAGGUGUAGCACUCGCCGAAGUUGAGCGAAGUAUCGCGGUAGAAGUCGAUUCAUUACGUUUAUCGUAUCCCAUGUGUAUUAGAGAUAUAAAUCAUGCUGUAAGUUUUGAUGAAAAUUUUCAAAUUCUUGAGACAGAUCGGCAAGCAUUGUUGAAUAAAUUUCUAAAUGUGAAACCGAUUGAGUCGGUUGAAAAAGAUGAAAGGAAACGUAGUAUUGAAUUACUGGACGAUGAUCGUUGUGUUGUGAUAGCUGCUGAAGCCUGCCAAACAUCCAAGAAUAAGCGUUUAGAAGAUUUGAGUAAAGAUGAGUUGAUCGCACGGUGGCGUCAUUCUUUAUUAUCACAGCGCUCCAGGCGUCGUGUUGUGACGUUUAUUGAUAUUGCAGAGGAAGAGGUAGGACGUGAACGGCGACGUUUGCCUGCGUUUCAAAGGAAAAAGAAACGAACUUCUUCUAAUAGCUAUUCUAAUCUUUCUUUUAGAGAGGUUCCAGACAAUGUUUACAUGGAGAUCAAGGAAAAGAAUGUUGAUCUUGGAUCUUCGAUGAAUAGCAAUCGUACCAGUCGAAUCUUUAGUGAAGGCACAUCCCGGUGUGAUUACCCUGGAAAUGUUGAAUUAGACGAGAACACACCAGAAUCCCCCAAUAAAAUGAGGCGUACUUUGUUACUUCGUCGUUUGCGUGCUCAUCGACCUUCUGCUGGAUUAUCAGUGGAUGCUAUUCCAGAUCUUAUUGCCUAUCAAAUCGCAGAGGAUGGUACAAUAUCACAGAUAGGUGGUGAAAGUGGUACUUCACUUCUCCCUAUAACACAAGUAGAUUCUAGUUGUUUGCAAUCCGGUGAUGGAACUUCUGUUUUACCUGCGUCACCUUUAGGAUUAUUGGAUGAUGUAUCUCCUUUACGUCCAGGUGUAUCAUCUAAUAAGGAUGAAAAGAGGAAGAGUUUAUUGCCAAAGAAGAAAUCAAAGGUACGACACGGUAAAGGUAGUAGUAUUUCUCAGUGUAAUAUGAGUGAAAUUCCUUAUAUACAGGCUGGGGAAGUAGUAGAACGGGGUACGGAAAGUCUUGAUCAUCAUAGUAAAGAUUCUCGAGGAAGGACAGAAUUGCAAAAACAACAACAACAAGAAAAAAUGUUAAGACGUUUAUCUGGAUCUAGUCGAACCCAAAGGAAGCAUCGUAAAAGUGCGAAUACCUCACUUACUAUGUCAGCUGUUCCUGAUCUUGAAGGUAUGUAUGUAAAGGAUGAAGAAGCUGAAUCUCCACCGAAACGGCGACAAGAGAGAGGUGUACAAAAAGCUCCAGAAAUAAAAACAAAAACUAGACGUAUGGGAACAGCACGAGAAAAAGAAAAUCUAACUGCCUUAACAGAAGAACCUGAAAUAUCCUUUGAACCUGUGCAAGAGCAGCCAAAGGAUGAUCAAACGAAAUCACCUAUGAGUGCUGUGUUUGCACGUAAUAUGAUGAAUGAUGCACGACAUCAUGACUUGAGUAUAUCAGCCUUGCCCCACCCAUUAGUACCAGUACCACCAUCGGUUCUUACUCCAGUUGAAAAAAAAACAACAACAACAACAACAACAACAACAGGGACAAUGCCAUCCACUACUGCAGAAGAAAGUUUGGCAAUGGGUGCAACACGACAACGUCCAGCAAAACGUCCAAGUGGAAAGAAACGACGUGUGAAGUCAAAUGAGAGGAGGGGAACUUUGACGAUAUCACAGUUAGAGGAUCUUGGAGCAGGUGAAAUACAUGAUACAAUGGAGUCUGAACUUUCCAAUGCUAGACGAGUUAAUUCAUUAUCAUCACCAGGUGAUAGUAGUCCUGAUAAAUUACGUUCUUCUCGUCGUUUACGUGGAUUUUCACGACCACAUGAAUUAAUAUCUCAGGUGGAGGAUAAUGAAGUUUCUUGUAUUCAAGAUGAUGUGGAUACCAAACCUACUACAAUCGUAAAUAGACGCCGUUGUUCUUUUAGUACUUCAUCUAUUAUUCCUCUUGAUCGUCGUGAAGAGAGAGAAUUAGAGCGGGAACGACGAUUUAUAUCUCAAAUUUUAAGUAAAGCCCGACCUCAUAUGUCACGAAAUACAACAGAGGAAGAAAUAGAAAGUGAUCCAGCGGCGAUGGCAUUGAUAUUUAAACAUGAAGAUUUGUCGCAGAUAUAUACAAUGCGCCGAGUUCCCAUUGCUACUGCAUAUAUGAAGGAAAUAGAAGAUGCCAUUAUUCAACGUAUUAUUGAUUUAUCAAGAGAAGCCAUUUUACCAGGAGCUUCACUUCGUGGAAGAGGUUUACGUCAAGCACGUCGACAAGAACUUGCUAAACGUGCAGCAGCAACAGCAUCCUCAUCAUCAAAGGUAGACACUACGAACAAUAAUAAUAAUAAUAAUAACAAGAGUUAUAAUGAGAGUGAUAAACCUAUGUUUGAUGUAAAUAACCCACUUUGUGUACCACAACCAUGGGCACAUAUCUCUGAUGAGGAAUUAGGGCAGAAUGAAGAAUUACAUAAUCUUUUAGAUGCCCGAAAUAGAGGACGUGGAAAAGAGGUUGAACCCUUUUUACGUGAAUGGGCAAAAAAGAAAGAAAAGGAGAAUGAAGAAAUAUUUAAUGAAUACCCUUUUCUUCCUCCACUUCCGCAUGGUGUCCCUCUUAGCGAAAUUGGUUUUAUUCAAGAUGAUGAAUUCAAACGAUGUUUAGCAGUAUAUGCAUUAAAUCACGAUGAUGAAAAGAUUAAAAAGGAAAUGUGUGAUAUUGUAAAUUAUAUGGCUAAAGAAAGAGCACAAUUACGUAAUCGUAGUAGAUCUAAACAAGUAUCUUUUGUAAGACGUGUACGAGCUGCUUGUAAUGCGGCUUCUCCUACUGGUCCUGGUCCUAGUGGUGCUUCUUCUCCUUAUGAUGAUGAUGCUGCAGAGAGACCUCGAAGGUUUUCAGCAAAAUAUAGUGAUGGUGCUGAUAAACUCCCUAACUUUAGAGAUGAACAACACUAUAUUCAAUUUGUAACCCAAUGUAAGAGUGAUUCUAUUCGUCUUCUUAAACGUCUUAUGGUUCGAAUGAAGAAGGAACAAACAGCGGAUAUUCCUUUAAGUAUAGAAGAUAUUGAAACUUUCCGUUACUUCUUUGAUGCUGUGGAUGUAGGAAACUUUGGUGUAUUAAAUCGAAAUGACUUUGUAGACUUUGUCAUGUUAACAUUAUGUGAAUCCCUUUCAAUGACUCGACGUGAAGUAGAACAAUUAACAUUUCCAAACACACCAGUGGAUCGACUUCCACGAGUGGUGGAUUUCAGUGAUCUUUCCAAAUUCUAUAAAUCUCUCGCAUUAAGUGAGGUAAAGAAGCAAGACAGCCGUUUUCCUGAGGAAACACCAUGGUCCGUAAAUACCCAACUCACAAAUACACGUCCUGCUCAAGCUUCCAAACAUAUUAUUGGAUCAAACACGGAGGGUCAAAAUAAUAAUAAGAAUAAUACUAAUACUAAUAAUAAUGGUACUAAUAAUACUAAUACUAAUAAUGGUACUAACAAGAGAGGUCAAAGCGUAGAUGCAGCACCCCGUUCCGUUGGGUUCGGUGCUGGUGCGUGGAAUAAAUCCACACCAUUGCCUGAAAUUCCCUCCCAUCUCCGUCGGCACACACAUGCCCCGAACCCUGUAAAUGAACCCAUUCGCCCUCUUCUCCCCCAACGCCCAGCCACUUCAUCCAAACGUGAGGGGAGAAAAGAAGAAAAGAUGAUGUUGUCGCCCCGACACUUACCGCAUGCACUGCCGCCGCUUCCACAGAUCGUGGGCAGUAGUGAUGUGCCUGUACACAGAGAGGCGUGGGUUGGCUCGCGGGGAUCCUCUGAGGAGCAGAAGGAAUCAGGAAAUGGGAACAGUGAGGAAAAGGUAAUCAAACGAGAAGAAGAACAAGGACAAGAAGGAAAUUAUAAAAAUGAGAAACAAUGA